AUGUAUUCUUUAGAGAAGAUAUCCGGACAAGGUAGUUCUAAGAAUGAACGGGAGAUAGACCCGCUGAAAGCAAACAUUAGAUGCAGUAUUGCUUUCCAACCUCCUGCUCCAUCAACUCCCAGAGUAAAUGUAGCAAAGGAGUUGAGAGGAUUAGGAGCUCCCGAAUUUAAGGGAGAAGCAGAGGAAGGUCCAGUUGCAGCGGAUCUUUGGCUGAAUGAUUUGAAAAUCAUGUUAGAUGGUCUUCACUGUUCUGAAAUAGAGAAGCUGGAUGGAGUUGUGUCAUUACUAAGGGGUCAAGCAAGGAUAUGGUGGACGAACGUCACCAUGAGGAUGUCAAGUGACCAGUUGAUGUGGUCUCUGUUCUUGGAGGAAUUUAAACACAAGUAUAUUGGAGAUCAAUUCAUCAGACAAAUAAAGCAGGAGUUCAUGAAUUUGAAGCAGAUGAAUCGCUCCGUAUACGAAUAUGAAUGUGAAUUUAAUAAGCUGAGUUGGUUUGCUUCAGAGCUUGUGACUACAGAAAAAGAUUCUUGUGAAUGCACAACACUACCAAAAAGAGGAAGAGAUUCAAGAUUCCAACCUCAAGCUAGAUCAGAAACAAUUGCAUCUUCUGCUAGAGGAGCAAGUCAGAUGAGAGCUCUACAGACACAAUCAGUGGGAUCUGGUAUUGGGAGAUCCACUUCAGGUCAAGCAAGACAGUGUCAGCUUUGUGGGAAAAAUCAUUUUGGAACAUAUCGAAUGGCUUCUGGAGUCUGUUUUCGAUGCGGUGAAGCCGACAUUUCAUUCGGGAUUGCCCAUUAA